AUGUCUGGAAGGGUUAUUUUGGUUACCGGGGUUUCUCGAGGUAUUGGAAGGGCUAUUGUUGAUGUUUUAAUGAAGGAUUCAGAUGCUGUAGUGUAUGGUAUAUCUCAAUCUGAGGGUGCUCUGGUUAAAAUGAAGUCUCAGUUUGGUUCUAGAUUUGACUAUGUAGUUGGAGAUGUCAGCAAGGAGGAGAACAUCAAGCAAUUGGUUGACCGUGCAAUUGGAAAACAUGGACGCUUAGAUUCAGUAAUUGCCAAUGCAGGUGUUUUGGCACCUGUUCAAGAUGUCAACCAUAUUGCAGUUGAUGAGUGGAAGAGACUGUUUGACGUAAAUUUUUUCAGUAUUGUCUCCUUGGUCAAAUUGACCAUCGACUAUAUUUCGAAGACUAAUGGUAAUUAUAUUUUUGUAAGUUCCGGUGCUAGUGUCAAGUCUUAUUAUGCUUGGGGUGCAUAUGGUGCCUCUAAAGCUGCUUUGAACCACUUCACAAUGACCAUUGCCUCUGAGGAAGAAAAAGUUAAGGCAAUUGCUGUGGCUCCUGGUGUAGUCGACACUCAAAUGCAAGUUGACAUCAGGGAGAAGUUUGGCCCUGAAUCUAUGACCCCAGAGGCUUUGAAGCGUUUUACUGAUUUGAAGGAAAACGAUCAAUUAGUUCCAAGUAUUGUUCCAGCGACUAUUUACGCCAACUUGGCUUUGAAAGGUAUUCCCCAAGAAUUGAAUGGACAAUAUUUAAGAUAUAACGAUGAAAAAUUGAAGGAAUUCUUAUAG